AUGAAACAACGACAAAAGAGGAAACAUUUGGAAAAUACAGAGUCCGAGGAAACUGGCGAGAGGGGAGGAGGAAUCUCAAAGUCACAAGAGGAUGUCCUUCAGCUUAGAUCAACUGAAGUGGCCAAAGGCUAUGGCCCAGGGGUAGGGGAGGCCUCCUCUGCCUCUGAAUACGUCUCCUGUGUUUCUUCUCCACGCAAGCUCAUCCAAGGUGGCAUCCGGAGAUUACAUGGAGACAGUCCCCAGCCUAGAUGCACCCUAGACCAGGUUCAGGAACAAGAGGAGACUCCUCCCCUCCCACCACAUGUAUCCUUAACGCCCUCUUCAUCCUAUAAGACCUGUGUGACCUCUCAGUAUACAAACAAAGAGGAAAGGGGCAUGAAAAUAUUCUAUAUGCAGGUACAAGUGAAAAAGGGUGUGGCUGUCUCCUGGGAGGAAACCUCAGAGUCACUAAAAAAGAAGCCGAGGAUGGAAGAAGUGAACCUUCCCGAGUACGUGCAGGUAGGUACACCCCCCUCUGACGUGUCCACCAGAAACCUCCUGUUUGACAGUGAGCACAGCGGGGAGGUGAAAGAGCACGAGGAGAGAGCAGAGGCAGAGGGCCUGCUGAGAUUGUCUGCAGUUGAGGAGAGACCCAGAGCCAGGACACCUGACUGGCUGGUGACUAUGGAGACUGGCUUCAGGUGCAUGGCCUGCUGCCGGGUCUUCCCCACCUUGGAGGCCCUCAAGGAGCAUGUGCAGUUUGGGGUCAGGGAGGGCUUCAGCUGCCACGUCUUUCACCUCACCAUGGCUCAGCUGAGAAGCGGUGUGAAUUCAGAGAGCAUCCCAGAGAAGAAGGAGGAGGAGGAGGAGGAGGAGAGGGAGGAGAAGGAGGAGAAGGAGCAACUGAGAUUCCCGGGCCAGAAGAUCCUUGAAGACGGUGUGGCCUCCUCCUGGGAGAGGGAGAAGACAGGACCAUGGAGACAGCAGCAGACAGAAUGCCGGUGGUAUGAAGGAAGACGAAGGGCCACUUCUCAAGUUCUUGACUUUGUCACCUCUGAACUUCAGCCUCUCACCACUUCUACCACCCACUGGGAUGAAAGGCAGAUCUAG